AAUGCGUCACACUAAUUCCCAUUAAAAACGUGCACCCGGCAAAUUUUAUUUUAUUAAAUUGUUUUUUUGCCGUUCGACAGCUAGAUGAGUCCAAAAAGUAUUCCUCCCCUGACCUAUAAGGUCGUGGCGGAGUGCUCAGUGUCCAAGGCAAGGGCUGGCCUGAUGACGCUGCGGCACAGUGAGGUAAAUACGCCCGUAUUCAUGCCGGUGGGCACUCAGGGAACAUUGAAGGGCAUUCUGCCGGAUCAGUUGAUUGAGUUGAACUGCCAAAUCCUGCUGGGCAACACCUAUCAUUUGGGACUACGGCCGGGCAUUGAGACUUUGCGGCUAGCUGGCGGCCUGCACAAGUUUAUGGGCUGGCCUCGUUCCAUAUUGACGGACUCUGGCGGCUUCCAGAUGGUUUCGCUGCUGCAGCUGGCCGAGAUUGAUGAGAAGGGCGUGAACUUUCGCUCACCCUUCGACAACAGCGAAUGCAUGCUGACGCCCGAGCACUCGAUACAGAUCCAAAAUGCUAUUGGUGCGGACAUAAUGAUGCAGCUGGAUGAUGUGGUGAAGACGACUACAACCGGACCACGGGUCGAGGAGGCCAUGGAGCGGACAAUACGCUGGGUGGAUCGCUGCAUCGAGGCGCAUGGCCGGGACGAUGAUCAGUCGCUGUUUCCCAUUGUCCAGGGUGGUCUGGAUGUGCCACUGCGGCAACGUUGCGUCACCGCCCUGAUGGAGCGACAAGUUCGCGGCUUUGCCGUCGGUGGACUGAGUGGCGGCGAGAGCAAACACGACUUCUGGCGCAUGGUUGAUGUCUGCACGGACUAUCUGCCGCGAGAUAAACCGCGUUACCUCAUGGGCGUGGGCUUUGCCGCCGAUCUUGUGGUCUGUGUGGCUUUGGGAAUUGAUAUGUUCGAUUGUGUCUUUCCCACGCGUACGGCCCGAUUCGGAUGUGCCUUGGUCGACAGUGGACAGCUAAAUCUUAAGCAGCCCAAAUACAAGCUUGACCUGGAGCCCAUUGACAAGGAGUGCGAGUGCAGCACUUGCAAGCGCUACACCCGUUCGUACCUCCAUCACAUUGCCACCAAUGAGAGCGUCUCCUGCUCCCUUCUUAGCAUCCACAAUGUGGCCUAUCAGCUGCGUCUGAUGAGGUGCAUGCGCGAGGCCAUUCAACGCGAUGAGUUUCCGCAAUUUGUGCGUGACUUUAUGGCCAGACAUUUUGGCACGGAUCCGAUUCCUGCAUGGAUACGGGAGUCUUUGCAAGCGGUGAACAUUCAACUGCCUGCGGAUGAGCAGAAGCAACAGGAGAUGCCAACGAAGCAGGAGCAACAAGUGCUAGAAGUGUCGCAGGCAGCCACCAGUUAACACAAAACAGAGCGAAGACGAAGCUUAUUAUACCCCUUACGCUUUAAUGACAUUUGCUAAAUAUUCUACUGACGGAUUAGAUUAAUGGGGUGAGCGCCUUGGAACUUCUUGGAACAGGAAUCCCAGAAGUAUUAACAUCUCCAGCUA